AUGACAGGCUCAAGUACUUCAGCAUCUGAUGCAGAUAAGUACUCUGCAACGUAUGUUCAUGCAAUAUCCGAAGCAGGCAGGCUUCUUCCUUCAGCAAGCAAAUGGAACUCUAUAGAACUUGACUUCAAAGUUCUACCACAGUCCUCAACUGGCUAUGAUUCCCUUCCCUCUGCGUACUCUAAAUCCUAUGAUUAUGAGCUUGUUAUCACAGAUAAAGCACACUACAAGCGAUUUCUUUACAUUUCGUUGACUGUAGCUUUUCUUAUCCUAGCACUUGGCCUGGUGCUGCACUUUUUGCCUCGCAAAAAUCAUCACCAUGAAUCUUCUAAGAAUCUCUCUCUUGCAGUUAACCAAGCUAUAACAUUCUUUGAUGCACAAAAGUCUGGGAAUUAUCCAAGUAAAAGUCCGAUAAAGUUCCGAGGAAGUUCAGGAUUGCGUGAUGGGAAUACAAGAAAUACGCGUGCUGAUCUUGUGGGUGGAUUUUAUGAUUCUGGAAACAACAUAAAGUUUACUUUCCCUACAGCUUAUACCAUCACGCUGUUGAGUUGGUCAGUGAUCGAAUAUCAUCAAAAAUAUGCAGAUAUAGGUGAGCUUGAGCAUAUAAAAGACAUUAUCAGAUGGGGCAGUGACUACUUGCUCAAGGUCUUUGUUGCUCCAAAUGCUACUUCUGAACCCACCAUUUUGUAUUCACAGGUUGGAAGUGCUGGUAAUGACACUCGAAAUCCAGGCUCCAAUGACAUAAAUUGCUGGCAAAGGCCUGAAGACAUGAGCUAUUAUAGACCUGUUUCAGUUUGUGAUGAGACGGCUUCUGAUUUGGCAGGGGAAAUAGUUGCAGCACUUUCAGCAGCUUCAAUAGUAUUCAAAGAAGAGAAUGAACACUCACAAAGAUUAACAAAAGCAGCGGAGAAGUUAUAUGGGAUUGCAGAAAAGAAAGACAAGAUCCACAAAGCUGUAACUUACACCACUAUUGAUGCUUGUGGAGGAGAAGCAAGAAAGUUUUAUAACUCAUCUGGGUACAAAGAUGAGUUGGUUUGGGGAGGAACUUGGUUGUUCUUUGCCACUGGGAACUAUACGUAUCUUGACUAUGCCACCACAAACUUUGCUGCAGCAUCUAAUAAUGAAACAAUAGCUGACAAAGGGAUUUUCUAUUGGAAUAAUAAGCUUACUGCCACUGCGGCUUUGCUAACAAGACUUCGGUUCUUUCAUGAUCUUGGAUUUCCCUAUGAAAAAGCAUUGGGAUUAUCCUCCGAAAUGACUGAUCAGCUUAUGUGUUCUUAUCUUUCAGAGCAAAAUUUCAAUAGAACACCUGGUGGAUUGAUCCUCCUAAGGCCUGAUUAUGGUGAACCACUUCAGUUUGCAGCAACAGCAUCUUUUUUGAGUAAAUUAUACAAAGAUUACCUCACACUUCUUGGCAGAUCUGGUGGUAAUUGCACCAAGUAUGAUGGUUUUUCUUUGGAAAUGUUACAGAGCUUCUCCAUUUCUCAGGUUAAUUACAUUCUAGGAGACAAUCCCAGGAAGAUGAGCUACAUGGUUGGCUUUGGAGACCACUAUCCAACAAAAGUUCACCAUAGGAGUGCAUCAAUUCCUUGGGAUGGUCAAUUUCACUCUUGUGCUGAAGGUGAUAGAUGGCUACACUCUCAAGAUCGAAAUCCAAAUAUACUUUGGGGAGCAAUGGUAGCUGGACCAGAUCACUUCGAUGGUUUCUCUGAUGAAAGGGACAAGCCAUGGUUCACAGAACCAAGCAUAGCAAGCAAUGCUGGUUUGGUUGCAGCACUCAUUGCAAAUCAUGCCCCUAAUUUGGGCUUGGACCAGAUGGGAAUCUUUGAAAAAGUUCAGUUGGAUUCUCGAGUUCCUUAACAACAUUAAACUUCCACAAAGUUCCAAAUGGGUAGUAGAAGUUCUGUUGCUAUCACCUCAGCUAAAAAGUUGACCUUGGAUACGGUUCCUUGAGCACAAUUACAUAUUCUCCUUUUGCAAUUGCUAAUUGAUCAAGAGAUAAGAGAAGGGAAACUCAUACACAGGGAAUGUGCAUAAUUUAAAUUCCUGCAUUUAUUUUUCAAAUUAGGCAGUGGACUCUGCAUGUCCGUUUGAGAGAUUCAGGGGGAUUGUCCUUUGAGAACUCUCUCUUAGUUUGAAGGAUGUAGAUGCUGCACUUAACUGGCUUGAGAAAUGUUUUAUUUUUGGAAGGUGCAGAAUCUUAUAACUACCUUGGAAAAGGAAUCUGAAAGAAGAAACAGCCAAUUGUCUAUUUUGAGCCUAGGUGAGUACAUGACUUCUUUUACAUGAUUGUUGGCUAAAGAGGUGGCACCUCCAGCCGCCCAUUACUAAUUGACAUCCAUUCCGUGAUUCUUAUAUCUACUUCCAACUUUUGUCUUUGAAAGACUUUAGACUGGGAAUGAAUGCUGUGCUUGAACAGUUUUCAUCUCAGGCUCCCCAGCUAGUUUUCAUUUUAGAUAGGCCCCC